AACUAGACCCUCCUUCCCUUUCCCUCUCCCCCAACGACAGCGAACAUGGCGACGAGACUCAGGAGCCUCCUAGUGCUGGUGUUCCUCGGCGCGACGUGCGUCAGAGCUGAAGAGGAACUCGAUUAUACGAACAUGGAGGAGAGUGAGAAGACGAUUCUCACGGUGGCUGAUGCAGAGACAACGGACAAGAUCGUAAUCCAGCUGUUCAUCAUGGGAGCUGUGGUUACUGGAUAUUUCGUCCUAAUUCGAGAGCUGGGCUUGGCUGCGCUCACCAGAAUCGAUAUCGAGUUACUGGAAAAGACUUUACUGGAACUCUUCUCCUCCCGAAGCGACUAUUUUGAUGAACCGCCAACAUUCUUGGACUACCCAGAUUACCCGGGCCACUCGAGCUACUCGAGUUACACCACAGGCCAGAGUUACCGGUCCUUGGGUCACGGCAGGUCCUUUCUCGGAAGAAUUCUCAGCAGUAUCGACUUAAUGGAUGUCACCUUUGGCGUUAUGGAAGUCGAGGAGGAGAGCUGUAGGAGGCGCGCCGUGUGCGAGCUCCAGAGGGCGGCCUCGAGGAUGCCUUUCGUGGGGACAUUCUUACAGAACAUUAGUCCUUCGAUUAACGGUAUGGAGAAGUACAAGGAAGCCCAGCAGUCAGGAUCUGCCCUGGAAGAUUGCAAACUCCUCUUCGAGUGCCCGUAUUCUUUCUUGGAGACGAACUGAAGAACCCAUAACAGACUACCUCUCCCUCCAGGCGUGAAACGCUUCGACUUUCAGGACCGAGGCUUCACGACCCUUUGUUUUGAUGUGCUGAUCCGAGACUGAAGAUAAAUGUAUAGAAUAUGGACAUACUUUACGUUCCUUUUCAGUUUAGUAGUCUUUGGUAUGUCUUAUAAUUUAGGACAGUUUUCUAUAGACUUGGAGAACACUAGAUAACCUGAUCUGAAUACAGUUGUACUCAAAUCUGCUGUGUUACACGAGUCACAAUUAGCUAUGUAUGGCCAGUAUCAGAAGUGUGAUAAAUCUCUUGUAAAUGACAUUUAUUUCAGUGUUGACGUUGAUGUUGACUGAACGAGAUAGCUCGACAUACGACUUAUGAUUUGUUGAACGUUUGACACGAAAUGAAAACGACUGACUAGUGACAGACGCGUUUUCCUCAGGAAGCUUUCAGACAAUAUUCAUUACAAUCUUGGUUAGACAAUUUCUGUUAGAUUUAUAAUUAACGUAGAAGAGACUUUGCUGAAACAUGAUGAAUCUUGGGGAUUAUCUGCAAUAUUAAUGAACUGGGCAAUUUAACGUUAACCAAAGGCAUUAAACAGCAACAUUUUCCCACCUUUCUAUCCUGACGCUGACAAAAGACUAAACUGUGUAACAUUAUCAGCAACCUCUGUGACAAUUUCAUUUUAUAAGGAUAACUUCAUGGUGUUUAAAUAAGUGACACUUCAUUGUUAUCUAUACAACGAUCUCCAGUUAACUCGACUUAGUCCAUGUCUCCUCAUUCAUCUUAGCUUAAGGCGACUCGAUAACAAAGACUGACAUUCUGACCUGAAGAGAAGGAAGCAGGGAAGGGUAACAAAUUUUGACCUAAGACGUGACUGGCGACCUAAUACAACACCGACAUGACAAGAAGUAAAAAAGCAAUAGAGACAAUUUGACUUACAAAUGUGUAACGUUGUCAUAUUCCUCUAAUUCAUCAGUAGACAAAUGUCUGUUAUCAUUCCACUCGUUUUAUUGUCAUUAACUUCUUGUUAUUCGUUCAAAACAUUGUUAUCAGCGUUAAAGUGUAGUCACAAACCUCACUGUUUAUUUAUCUAUUUAUUGAUGAAGCUUAACGCUGGUCAUGGCAACUCUUGCAGUGAUCGCUGUAGUUUUUUUUUCUAAUUUAUUGUUAGUA